AUGGCUGACAUCAAGGUGAAGCUCAGGUGCUCUCAGGAACAGUUUGUGGACAUGCUGCAGAAGUACUACACUCAGCAGUUGGUUCAGCUUGAGGAUCCUGAUGCUGUGCCUGAUUGGGUGAUGCUCAGUUUCAGGAAUGAACUCAGUCAGAUCUUCAAAGACUUCAAGGGUUACCCAAAGAUCACUCAGGGGCAAUGGAUUAGGAUUCUCAAGACAGCUCUUCAGGAUGCUCAGGAUGGUUGGCCAUCAGAGUGUAUCCCUCUUCCUCAGCCUGCCCAGCCUGCCCAACCUGCUAAGUCUGAUACAUUUGAUGCUACCCUCAGCAAGUUUCAGGAUAUGGAAAAGGAGUUGAAUGCACAGCCUGACCAUGAGGUGAUGGAGGUGCCUGACAAGGUUUUGUGGACUCAGAAGGGUGGCCAAGGGCUCUACCAGCUUCAGCCCAAUGAUCCACCUCAGGAACACAAUGGCUGGUCUCAGGAAGUGGUUCAAAGAUAUUACACUGAGGUGCUCAGAAUGGACCCAUUGCCUUGGGGUGCAUUUGUAGCUCCUCAGUUCAGACAAGCUCAGUUCAAGCCUCCUGAGCCUGAUCCACCAGCUGGAUUCUCAGCAGCAACUGCUUCUUCAUCAACAGGGAAGGGCUCAGGCAGACCUCAUCAGCCCUUCAAUGUGCUAGAUGCUGCUUUAUCAAAUAUGCAGAGAAGCUCAGUUUGGAAGCCUCAGCCUAUCAGGACUGCCAAUGAUGCUCAGGGCUAUGUCAAGUCUGAGCUCCAAAAGCUGAACAUCAAUGAGAUUGACAAGCUCCUGGACAGCUCAGAAUCAGAUCAGAAGCUCAGUGACUUGGACAAUGUACCUGACCUGAUUGAGGACAUGAAGUCCAAGAUUCUUCUACUUGAGCAGGCACUUGAAUCCCAGGAGCUCACAAUGCUUAGGCUCAGGCAACAUGCUAAGAACAUGGAAGAGGAGCAAGGUGAGCUCAGGGCUUUGCAUGCUGAGCUUCAACUCUCAGUGAAAAGAUCUCAGUCCUACUGGGAGCAGAAGCUGUCUCAGGAUCUUCUGAAUAAGGAAGCUCUGAGAAAGUUCAUGGGCGUUGAGCAGCUGCUUCAAGCCUUGUCUGUGGCCUUGCAGCGAGAAAACGCAAGAGCCGUGCUCCGGCGCUUGCCCCAGCAGACGACGUCUCCUGCUUCGCCGCGCCCUAGCCGUGCCAACGCCCACGUCUUGCACCAGCCAGAAGGUUUUUCGCAGGCAAGCGAGGCGACAGCCUUUUCGCCACGGCAGUUGGGCACUUUGCAUUCCAAUCGCGUUGCCCUGCUGGCAUCGCUGAUUUUGCCAGCUUGGAAUAUCCUGACUCUGGAGAAAUUCUCUUUGAGUCCUAAGGUGGUGGCUCUGACAGCUGAGAUGGCUGACAUCAAGGUGAAGCUCAGGUGCUCUCAGGAACAGUUUGUGGACAUGCUGCAGAAGUACUACACUCAGCAGUUGGUUCAGCUUGAGGAUCCUGAUGCUGUGCCUGAUUGGGUGAUGCUCAGUUUCAGGAAUGAACUCAGUCAGAUCUUCAAAGACUUCAAGGGUUACCCAAAGAUCACUCAGGGGCAAUGGAUUAGGAUUCUCAAGACAGCUCUUCAGGAUGCUCAGGAUAUGGAAAAGGAGUUGAAUGCACAGCCUGACCAUGAGGUGAUGGAGGUGCCUGACAAGGUUUUGUGGACUCAGAAGGGUGGCCAAGGGCGCUACCAGCUUCAGCCCAAUGAUCCACCUCAGGAACACAAUGGCUGGUCUCAGGAAGUGGUUCAAAGAUAUUACACUGAGGUGCUCAGAAUGGACCCAUUGCCUUGGGGUGCAUUUGUAGCUCCUCAGUUCAGACAAGCUCAGUUCAAGCCUCCUGAGCCUGAUCCACCAGCUGGAUUCUCAGCAGCAACUGCUUCUUCAUCAACAGGGAAGGGCUCAGGCAGACCUCAUCAGCCCUUCGAUGUGCUAGAUGCUGCUUUAUCAAAUAUGCAGAGAAGCUCAGUUUGGAAGCCUCAGCCUAUCAGGACUGCCAAUGAUGCUCAGGGCUAUGUCAAGUCUGAGCUCCAAAAGCUGAACAUCAAUGAGAUUGACAAGCUCCUGGACAACUCAGAAUCAGAUCAGAAGCUCAGUGACUUGGACAAUGUACCUGACCUGAUUGAGGACAUGAAGUCCAAGAUUCUUCUACUUGAGCAGGCACUUGAAUCUCAGGAGCUCACAAUGCUUAGGCUCAGGAAAGAUGCUAAGAACAUGGAAGAGGAGCAAGGUGAGCUCAGGGCUUUGCAUGCUGAGCUUCAACUCUCAGUGAAAAGAUCUCAGUCCUACUGGGAGCAGAAGCUGUCUCAGGAUCUUGUGAAUAAGGAAGCUCUGAGAAAGUUCAUGGAGCGCAUCGCCGAGCGUCAGAGCCAAUUGGCUUCCGCGGAGGCCGGUGAUGCGCGGCUACUGGAGCUGCGCGGAGCCCUGCAGGAGGCUGAGAAGGCCGUAUGGGUGACGAGUGGCAUCUUCUAUCGUCAGGUCUCUACGGGGAUUUGGAUUGGAGCCACUAGUGCAUUUCAACAACGCCUGGCCCAGCGUGAGCAGCUUGCGACGGAGCUGAGUUUUUUGGAAGGCAUGCUGCACGGGGGGGAGGCGGAUGGAGAAAGUUCCAGAACUUUCGAAGUCUUUCGUCGCGUUGGCGUUGAGCAGCUGCUUCAAGCCUUGUCUGUGGCCUUGCAGCGAGAAAACGCAAGAGCCGUGCUCCGGCGCUUGCCCCAGCAGACGACGUCUCCUGCUUCGCCGCGCCCUAGCCGUGCCAACGCCCACGUCUUGCACCAGCCAGAAGGUUUUUCGCAGGCAAGCGAGGCGACAGCCUUUUCGCCACGGCAGUUGGGCACUUUGCAUUCCAAUCGCGUUGCCCUGCUGGCAUCGCUGAUUUUGCCAGCUUGGAAUAUCCUCCUGACUCUGGAGAAAUUCUCUUUGAGUCCUAAGGUGGUGGCUCUGACAGCUGAGAUGGCUGACAUCAAGGUGAAGCUCAGGUGCUCUCAGGAACAGUUUGUGGACAUGCUGCAGAAGUACUACACUCAGCAGUUGGUUCAGCUUGAGGAUCCUGAUGCUGUGCCUGAUUGGGUGAUGCUCAGUUUCAGGAAUGAACUCAGUCAGAUCUUCAAAGACUUCAAGGGUUACCCAAAGAUCACUCAGGGGCAAUGGAUUAGGAUUCCCAAGACAGCUCUUCAGGAUGCUCAGGAUAUGGAAAAGGAGUUGAAUGCACAGCCUGACCAUGAGGUGAUGGAGGUGCCUGACAAGGUUUUGUGGACUCAGAAGGGUGGCAAAGGGCGCUACCAGCUUCAGCCCAAUGAUCCACCUCAGGAACACAAUGGCUGGUCUCAGGAAGUGGUUCAAAGAUAUUACACUGAGGUGCUCAGAAUGGACCCAUUGCCUUGGGGUGCAUUUGUAGCUCCUCAGUUCAGACAAGCUCAGUUCAAGCCUCCUGAGCCUGAUCCACCAGCUGGAUUCUCAGCAGCAACUGCUUCUUCAUCAACAGGGAAGGGCUCAGGCAGACCUCAUCAGGAUGCUGCUUUAUCAAAUAUGCAGGGAAGCUCAGUUUGGAAGCCUCAGCCUAUCAGGACUGCCAAUGAUGCUCAGGGCUAUGUCAAGUCUGAGCUCCAAAAGCUGAACAUCAAUGAGAUUGACAAGCUCCUGGACAACUCAGAAUCAGAUCAGAAGCUCAGUGACUUGGACAAUGUACCUGAUCUGAUUGAGGACAUGAAGUCCAAGAUUCUUCUACUUGAGCAGGCACUUGAAUCUCAGGAGCUCACAAUGCUUAGGCUCAGGAAAGAUGCUAAGAACAUGGAAGAGGAGCAAGGUGAGCUCAGGGCUUUGCAUGCUGAGCUUCAACUCUCAGUGAAAAGAUCUCAGUCCUACUGGGAGCAGAAGCUGUCUCAGGAUCUUGUGAAUAAGGAAGCUCUGAGAAAGUUCAUGGAAACUCAUCAAAUGAGUGAACUAGAUCUCAGGCAGCUGAUGCAAAAGUCUCCUCAGAUUGAUCACAAGCCUCAGGACUCAGUGAAGGAAGUUGUGGAUGUAUAA